AUGCCGAAUAGUUCUUUGUUAACAUUAAGGACAUUUUAUGCAUAUGGAGCUCGUAAUGGACGGAUUCCCUCCUUACAAAGAACCUUAUCAUAUAAUGCGCGUGGUAACAGUUUGUGCGUAGGAUCAUUACAGCAAUUCACGGAAACCAGUCACACUCUUCAACGUUCUUUCACGGCAUCUUCGAUAUAUAGUCCAAAGCGCAGCACAACUUAUCAUAAUCGGCAAUACUUCACGUCAUCUUCCAAUAUCUCCAAAUCUUAUUCAAGCGCAAUUAUCAAUACGCUGAGCUCCAACCACGCUGAAAAUGAUACUGGAUUGCAAUGCUGCGAACAACCAGUAAAUGUAGCUGCUGUUCCGGAAAUAAAAAAUGAAAUAUCAAAAGCUCCGGAGGAUUCUGCAGAAAUGAUCGCUUUAAUAGACAAAAAUAAAUCGUUGGAGGAAGAAGUGAAACAAUUGACUUUAAAACUUAGAGAAAAAGAACGUUCAGAAAGGGAAUGCAGAAGGAAAAUAUUAGAAUAUGCAGCAGAAAUAAAAGUGUGGAAAAAAAAGUACGAAAUGCAGAAAUUAUCAACAACCGUCGAAAUCAGUGAAUCAAAGGGUAAUGAGGAGAUAAGCGAUAUUAUGGAACAGCUGAAUAAUGCAGCCGAAAAAUUAACACGUUUGGAUGCUGUCAAAGAUCUUAAACUCUUACAAAGCGAGAUGGAAACAGCGUUAAGAGAGAUUAGUAAAUAA